AUGCGACCCGACGACAUUAACCCUCGGACUGGACUGGUGGUGGCUUUGGUCAGCGUCUUCUUGGUGUUUGGCUUCAUGUUCACGGUUUCCGGGAUCAAAGGCGAGACUUUGGGCGACAUCCCACUUCUGGCCAUCGGACCGGCUAUCUGCUUACCCGGCAUCGCCGCCAUCGCCCUGACGAGGAAAACCGACGGCUGCAGCAAAUGGCCCAACGUCAGCUUUUGCCCCCAGUGCGCCUGCUGCCGCAAGAAACCCCAGGACAAGGAGGUCCUGGAGUUGCUGAGGACCCCUUCAGACCUGGAGUCCGGCAAGAGCAGCUGCGACGAGCUGGCCCUGAAAGCACGCGACGCCCAGCCGGCUGAGGAGACCCGCCGGGUGGCCUACUGCGGGGGGAAAGACUCACUCGCCACCCCCGCCGAGCGGGAUUGCGUGGCCUUGGACCCCAAAGUGGCUCAGGAGGAAAUGUUGAGGUACUUGGAGAAGUGCUAUCCAGAGAUGCCCGGCGGGAACGUUUUUGUGGCCGAGGCCUCUCCUUACAGUGCCUUAGACCAGCCGCGGGGGGAGUACCCUGGCCUCGAGGGGGACGCUGCCGCCGCUUGCCCGGCGGAGGACGAUUUGAACGUCGUCCCCAGCGACAGCAUCAUCGUUUGCUCCUACACGGAGAGCAGCCCUUACGACAGGUACUGUUGUUAUAUAAACCCCACCGAAGACCUCACUUCGGAUCCCCAGGCGAUCGUUUGA